AUCCGAGGCGGGCACGAGCACGAGCACGAGCACGAGCACUGGCUCUAUUUACCCAGCUGAGCACGAGCAGAAGCAGAGAUCACACGGCGACGGAUGGACGACAUGAGCUGUUUGUGGAUACACACGAUAUUUCUGACGGCAUUCCUGAAGCCCAGUGUUUGUAACACGCUGUGAUAUGACUGAUGUUAUGAUCAGCAACGUAUCAAUGGAAGACGUGAGACUUAGUCCCGGAAAAGACCAUCUCACCUUCCAGAUCUUUCCCGACCCGUCUGACUUUGAACGCUGCUGUAAAUUGAAAGAUCGGCUGCCGUCCAUCGUAGUAGAAGCAACAGAAGGAGAAGUGGAGAGUGGGGAGCUCCGCUGGCCUCCAGAGGAUUUUAUUGUGAGCGAAGAGGAAGAUGAGAAGCGUGAUGAAAAAGUCCAGAACGCACAAAUGCAUGAGACUCCGCAUUAGAGACCAUUAAACUGACGGUAUCUCUUAUACAUGCAUACAUACAUACAUACAUACAUACAUACAUACACUUAUUUGCACGAGCACAAAUGGGUUGGAUUAAUCACGCGUUGCACAAUUAAGAUUGCAAAUUGACAGAAAAGUAGUCGAAAAAAAUCCACAAAUUAUUUUAAUCCACAGGUCUCUAGUAGCCUUUUUUUCAGUCCCAUGACAAACCCCAGGGGCAGAACUCACUAUAAAUUGUUUUCGGUCAGUGUUUUAAUUCAAGACCUUCCACCUAAAGGUGUGUUUGUGUAUUUUCAUGAUGCAGAAUGCUGUAAAUGUUGUUGAGUAUUACGGAGUAUCCACGGUUGGCAAGCACAGGACAGUGGAGACAUGUGAAGGAUACACAAAUGGUGCUUAUUGUGGGAACUAAAGUAAAUCAGGACUUUAUCUUUCAUUUCUGGGGGUUCCAAAAGAAUACACACAAAUAACACAAUAAACUAUCAUUAGCAUUUGUAAGGGGUGAAUUUCACUGUAGAUAUUUACUGUAUAUCACUUCUGUCUCUAUCUGUCUUGUUAUAGAUAGACGGUCAGUGGUCGUAAAUAUGAAAGAAAACAAUGUUUGUUUUGUGGAGAACCAUCAACAGCACAAGUCUCUUUGUUGUCUGUUUUAUUGAGAAAUGUCGUCUUUCUCUUCAGUAACAUGCAAGGGACUCUGAAAGCAGAACGUUGUCUUGACCCUUUCCCAAUAAGUCCUUUGUGAAUAAUGUGUGUUCACAUGUGCCUUGUGUGAUAUUGUGUUUGUACGGCUCGGUGAUCAAUAUCUGUUUUCAGGUCAUUUGUUAAAUGCUCAGGGACGAAAGUCAACCUUGUGUUUUUAUUUGUGUAUGCACACCACUUUUUCUCUUUUUUUUGUCUGAUUUAAAGUGUUAGCAAAUAAAUGUUCAAAUGUA